AAUUUGUCAUGGCAGCCCUAGGAAGCUAAGACAGAUACAUACUACCGGCGUCAGUUACCACCGUUUGAUAUUGACCAUGAUCAUCUGGUGGAGGCAGAUUUUGCCAGCUUUCUCCACUGUAAAGUUACUCUUUUUUUCCCCUUUCCAUACUGCGCUCUUAGGAAGGAAGUCACUGUACACAGCCCACCUUUGAGGGGUGGGGAGCUGUGCUCUGCAUCAAAGGAGUGUUUAUUUGUCGCUAUUGUGAAAGAAAUUUCUUCUUCCAAUAUUUUCAUAUAUGUUAUUACCAAUAUAAAGGACUGAUAUUAUCUCUUGAAGAACUUUUGUACUGACUUUAUUAAACCCCUUUAUUAAUUCUAUUAGCUUUUUUCCCCCCAUUUGAUUUCUUUGUAUCGUCUGGAAUUAUAGCUGCAAGUAGUGUUUUUGUCUCUUCUUUCCCAAUGUUUACAUAUUACUUUUCUGUUUCAAGUCUUAUUACAUUGGCUAGGAUUCCAGAAGACUAUUAAAGAACAGCAGUGACCGACGAUCUAGUGUACAUCCUAGGAUUUUUGUCCGUUGGGACCCUCAUUUCUUUUGGGAAACUCCUCCUCCUCCACUCUGUAGUGUAAUUCUGGUGGGACUAUCGCCAGUCACAGAUACUACCCAACUGUUUUGGUACAGAGCUGAGCACAUGGUCCAGGUCGAGCCAAACAUAAGACUCUAUUUUCCCGGCCAGGGUGAUUGCUCUAAUGGUGGGCCAGAAACCGAUGCAGGCCAACCACUUUUCUCCCUGUUUUUCGUUUGUUUGUAGCUAGAAGAGGAGGGGAAGGUCUGAUCUUCUGGCUUAGAGAGGGGGAAAUGGAGGAAUGACAUUCGCUGGAGGCCACACUCCCUUGCCCAGGAAAAGACAGGUCCUUUGCAGAGAAAGAAUGAAGCCAAGGAGAGAAUCAAAAACGGUGGGAGAGGAGGGAGGGGAAGAGAGAUGGGGAGAGGAAUGAUAAUGAUCACAUCUUUAAAUUCCUCACUCCAAACUCCCUGGGUAUGUGAGCCCCAAAAUUGACGUUUUCUGUUUUCUUUGCUUAAGCUGGGUCACUUACAACAGAAGGAACUUUGACUACGACAGAAAUCAUCCUCACAGAAAUCAUCCUCGUCUUGGUAAAAACAUUUGUUAGGCAAAUAGUGUGUACUAGGCUGAGAACACAUGGCCCAUCUAUACAAUCUCAUUUAAUCCUCACAAUAACCAGCGAUUUAGAUACUAUUUCGAGUUUACAAAUGAGGAAACAGGCUCUAGGAGGCAGCAAGUUGCCCACGUCUCCCACGUGGAACUCAUCAGGUGUCUCGUGAAUCCACAUUUGCUAACGCUCACAGCUUCUUGUUCCCCAUCCCAGGCCGAUGGAUAAAUAUCCAAGACCAGGGAACAUGAGCUGUCUUACUUGGAAAGUGCGGGCUUGUUGUCCUCUCCUGGUAGAUUCUAAGUUCUUUAAUUGAACUUAGUGGUGGGAGGAAAGCAGGCUGCAAAAUCCGAACCCAGUCUCAAAGCACGUGGUGAGUGCAACCUGUGGAGCGGGUACCAUAAGGCCGGGAGGGAGGUGUCCGCGCUGCGCCCCUGGCUGGCCGCUAGCCGGGUCACGGGGUGAGAACGCUAGGUUCUUCCACGCCACACGUUUCAGACCGCGGGACUCCCAGGGGAGGCGCACAGCCCGGGCAUGCCCUGGCGUUCCAGGCUCGGAGGACCCAGCCCCUGCAAUGCUUUCCGUUUGUUUCUAGGGCUUUUCCAAACUUUGCCUUCCAAGUCCGGGAGAUCGUGGGCCUUUGCAAGAACCGCGGGCGUCCACAACGGUGCGGAGGCGCGAGGGGCGCGCGAGAUCGCAGACCGGCCGGCGGCGCGCUCAGCGGGGCCCCAGGCUGCGGGCGCGCGGCGGGCGGCCCGGGGCGGGGACUGGCGGGGGCCGGCCCUGCGCCCUCCCGGCGGCCGUGCCCGCGCUCCCCGGCCGCACGACGCCAGGCACAUGGAGGCCCCCGAGGAGCCGGGGCCUCGCGGCCGGAGGGCCACCCCCGAGCGUCGCGCGCCGGGCCGCCUGCCGCUGUCCGACUUCCGAGAGGAGCUGCGGGCGCUCCUGGUCCUGGCGGGUCCCGCGUUCUUGGCCCAGCUGAUGGUGUUUCUGAUCAGCUUCAUAAGCUCCGUGUUCUGCGGCCACCUGGGGAAGCUGGAGCUGGAUGCUGUCACACUCGCCAUCGCAGUUAUCAAUGUCACUGGUGUCUCGGUGGGAUUUGGCUUAUCUUCUGCUUGCGACACCCUUAUCUCCCAGACAUAUGGGAGCCGGAACUUGAAGCACGUGGGGGUCAUCCUGCAGAGGGGCGUGCUGGUGCUCCUCCUCUGCUGCUUCCCCUGCUGGGCGCUCUUCCUCAACACCCAGCAAAUCCUGCUGCUCUUCAGGCAGGACCCGGAUGUGUCCAGGCUUACCCAGACCUAUGUCACGAUCUUCAUUCCAGCUCUACCUGCAACCUUCCUUUAUGCAUUACAAGUGAAAUAUUUGCUCAACCAGGGAAUCGUACUGCCCCAGAUUGUAACUGGAGUUGCAGCCAACCUUGUCAAUGCCCUCACCAACUAUCUGUUUCUUCAUCAGUUGCAUCUCGGGGUGAUGGGUUCAGCAUUGGCAAAUACGAUUUCCCAGUUCACCCUGGCUCUGCUCCUCUUCCUCUACAUCCUUGGGAGGAAACUGCAUCAAGCUACCUGGGGAGGAUGGUCCCUGGAGUGUCUGCAGGACUGGGCCUCCUUUUUCCGCCUGGCCAUCCCCAGCAUGCUCAUGCUGUGCAUUGAGUGGUGGGCCUACGAGAUCGGAAGCUUCCUGAGCGGUAUCCUGGGCAUGGUGGAGCUGGGAGCCCAGUCUGUUGUGUAUGAACUGGCUAUCAUCGUGUACAUGAUACCUACAGGCUUCAGUGUAGCUGCCAGCGUCCGGGUAGGGAACGCGCUGGGUGCCGGAAACAUUGAGCAGGCCAAGAGGUCCUCAGCUGUCGCCCUGCUGAUCACAGGACUCUUUGCUGUCAUCUUUUGUGUCCUGCUGUUGAGCUGUAAGGAUCUUGUGGGGUACAUUUUCACUACUGACGGAGAAAUCGUUGCUCUAGUGGCCCAGGUGGUUCCAAUUUAUGCUGUUUCCCAUCUCUUCGAAGGCCUUGCUUGUACCAGUGGUGGCAUCCUGCGGGGAAGUGGCAAUCAGAAGAUUGGCGCCAUCGUGAAUGCCAUUGGGUAUUAUGUGGUUGGUCUCCCCAUCGGGAUUGCGCUGAUGUUUGCGGCCAGACUCGGAGUGGUUGUGGACCCUGAAAACCAUGGAGGAAUUUUAAUGGGAGAUAUCGAAAAAAAAGAUGAGACUCAGCUGGAUCAGCAGAUGCACCAAGAAGAAUGUCUUCAGGUCCUUCCAAGGGACACGAUGAAGUUGUCCAGGAGACAGUUGGUGCUGCGGCGAGGGCUCCUGCUUCUGGGGGUUGUCUCAGUCUUGCUGUUGGGGAUCUUAGUGCGAGUAUAUGUCAGAAUUCAGUGAUGUGGCAAGAGAGAGCUAGGCAGGUCAAGAGAUGCUUUCCAGCUUACAAAUAAAUAAUUCAGAAGCCGCACAGUGGCAGUUCGUUUCAGUUAACGUAAUUCAGGAGUGCCCAUGGAUUUCAAGACUUGAGAGUUCAAAGAUGUAUUUUCUAGUGAAGAAAAGGAACUAAGGUAAAACCUAUGUUCUAGUCCAAGACAAUGUCUCAAAGGCUACACUGUCUCAACGAAAGACUGCUGUGUACUGACUGCAUCCUGCUAUAGCUUUGACAUUUCUUCUGCUGUUUAGACACGAGCCCAUGUACUGAGUGCUUAAGGAUUCUUACUAUCUGAAUUAUUUAAAAUAUAUUUUACAAUAUAUCUUUC